UGCUUGAGGAUUUUCAAGAAUUAGCAACUGUGUUAAGUGGAACAAAAUAUCCGACGCUGAGUCUACCCACACAUCAAAGCUAUUUUGGAGGAUUGGAAAACUCAGAUAAUUCACACAUUGAAAUUGACGAAAUUCAAAUUGUGGACAAUACAAACACAAUUACUACACCCACCUCCAGUUGUAGCUGA